GGGAUGAUCUAUUUGCACGCUUCGGAAGUGGUGUCUCAUGGGAAGCUUAAGUCUUCGAAUUGCGUGGUAGACAGCCGCUGGGUACUCAAGAUCACAGACUAUGGACUUCAUGAAUUCACGGCCGGGGAAGUCCAGACAAUGGGUGAAUACGCUUUGUACAGGAACCUGUUGUGGAAGGCACCAGAGCUACUUAGAAACAAACAUUCUGCCCCGCGUGGCACACAAGAGGGCGAUGUGUACUCGUUCGCAAUCAUCAUGUUUGAAAUUCAAUCCAGAAAUGGGCCUUACGGAAGCUGCGAACUGACCCCAAAAGAUAUUAUUGAGCGGGUAAUCACCAGAGAUGAGAACGGCCACCCGUUCCGGCCGCGGCUCUCGGAAAUCAGUUCCACGCCUAAAUUUAUCACUGACGUCAUCAAAGAAUAUUUCAAAUCUUUGCGUACCAAACUGAAGCCUAUGCAGAAAGGAAUGAAAUCCAGUAUUUUCGAUAAUAUGAUGGCUAUCAUGGAGAGAUAUGCCAGCAACCUGGAAAGCCUUGUCCAGUCUCGCACUGAUGAACUGAUUGAAGAGAAGAAGAAGACUGAAGAGUUACUCCACGACAUGUUGCCUGGAACUGUAGCAGAUCAGCUGAUGCACGGAAAACAAGUGGAAGCAGAAAGCUUUGACAUGGUUACCAUUUUCUUCAGCGACAUUUGCGGGUUUACAACUCUCAGCUCGGAAAGUACACCAAUGCAGAUUGUUGAUAUGCUGAACGAUCUGUACACAUUGUUUGACACCAUCAUCGAGUACUACGACGUCUACAAGGUGGAGACCAUCGGGGAUGCCUACAUGGUGGUCAGUGGCCUGCCCAAGAGGAAUGGCAACAGACAUGCUGGAGAGAUUGCCUCUAUGGCUCUUCAUCUUCUGCAAGAGCUGAAGGUGUUCAAGAUCCGACACCGGCCCAACGACCAGAUCAAACUACGAAUAGGGAUUCAUUCAGGCCCCGUCGUUGCUGGGGUGGUGGGGAGAAAGAUGCCUCGGUUUUGCCUCUUUGGGGACACGGUCAACGUGGCAUCAAGGAUGGAGAGCAACAGUCAAGCACUGAGAAUUCACUUGUCAGAGCCAACGAUGAACCUGCUUGUCCAGAUCGGCGGCUUUGAGCUUCAAGAAAGAGGCAACACAGAGAUUAAA